AUGGCUGGCGAUCUCUUCCGCCGUAACAGACCUUUCCAUCAACUCGAUGGUCUCUACACUGAAUGGUCCGAACACCUAACCAACCACUGCCUCCCUCUCUUCCGGCAAUCUCAACCUUCCGCCGCCAAUAACGCCGUCGUUCUCCGUGACUUAAUCUCAUACUACGACACCAUAGACCACUACGCAAAUAGAUACACCAUCUUUCACUUCCUCUUCCCCUCGUGGCACGUAAACUCCCCCGAGACCUCGAUUCUCUUCCUCGGCGACAUCCAUCCUUAUCUUUUCACCACUCUCAUCCAAUCUUUCAUCGAAAGUAAUCUUGGUGCGUGGAAAGACCAAUCGUUAGGAAUGAAAAUCCACAUGGGUCAGAUCAAGGAGGAGAUUAACAUCACAGUUUUUCGUCUACUACAUGAGAUGAAGGAAACACAAGAGCGUUUCAUGAAAUGUUUCUCGGAUAAUUGGGUCUCGGCGUUUCAUUCUCAGCGUUUGAGACCGAGUGUGACGGUUAUGGAGACGGCGGCUUCGGUGAAGUUGGAUGAGGAGUUUGUGAGAAUCUUCCGUGAAGCGAAUCAACUUAGGAAGAACACGAUCACCAACAUUGUUGAUGUAUCAGACGUGAAUCAAGCGGCUCUCUUUCUUGAAGGCGUGUGCGAGUUUCUUGCAGGGUUUAGGCAUCAGGUUCUUCUUUAA